AUGAUGUCUUACCUCAAACAACCCCCAUACGGCAUGAACGGGCUAGGCCUCGCUGGGCCGGCCAUGGACCUGCUGCACCCUUCCGUGGGCUAUCCAGCCACUCCGCGGAAACAGCGGCGAGAGCGCACGACCUUCACGCGCUCGCAACUGGACGUACUCGAGGCGCUGUUCGCCAAGACCCGGUACCCUGACAUCUUCAUGCGUGAGGAGGUGGCGCUCAAGAUCAACCUGCCGGAAUCGAGAGUCCAGGUCUGGUUCAAGAACCGCCGCGCCAAGUGCCGCCAGCAACAGCAGAGCGGGAGCGGGACCAAGAGCCGGCCAGCCAAGAAGAAGUCGUCCCCGGUGCGGGAGAGCUCCGGCUCCGAGAGCAGCGGCCAGUUCACGCCCCCUGCCGUGUCCAGCUCGGCCUCGUCCUCCAGCUCAGGGUCCGGCGCCUCGGCCAACCCAGCAGCGGCGGCCGCGAGCCUGGGCGGGAACCCGGCGGUGGCUGUCGCGUCGUCGCUCAGCACGCCGGCUGCCUCGUCCAUCUGGAGCCCGGCUUCCAUCUCGCCCGGCGCCGCGCCAGCCUCGGUGUCUGUGCCCGAGCCGCUGGCAGCGCCCAGCAACGCCUCGUGUAUGCAGCGCUCGGUGGCCGCGGGCGCCGCCUCGGCCGCCGCCUCCUACCCCAUGUCCUACGGCCAGGGCGGGGGCUACAGCCAGGGCUACUCGGCGCCUCCCUCAUCCUACUUCGGCGGGGUGGACUGCAGCUCGUACCUGGCGCCCAUGCACUCCCACCACCACCCGCACCAGCUCAGCCCCAUGGCGCCCUCGUCCAUGGCCGGCCACCACCACCACCACCCGCACGCGCACCACCCGCUCAGCCAGUCGUCGGGCCACCAUCACCACCACCACCACCACCACCACCAGGGUUACGGCAGUUCCGGGCUCGCCUUCAACUCCGCUGACUGCUUGGAUUACAAGGAGCCAGGCGCCGCCACUGCCUCCUCCGCCUGGAAACUCAACUUUAAUUCCACCGACUGUCUGGACUAUAAGGACCAAGCGUCCUGGCGGUUCCAGGUCUUGUGA